AUGGAAAAAUACCUUCGUAGACUCAAGCUAAAAGAAUAUUUCUCAGACAACAAAACUACUUCUAAUACAGACAACAGCGCUAACCAAUCAUCCUCCAAACUUCCUCCUACGAAGAAUAACACUAUAUGGACCCCACCAAGCGGACGUAACCAACACUUGGAUCAAUAUGCCCACAAAGCCAUUUCUUUCUCCAUUGUUUGUUUGUUGCAUUUUUCUUUGUUUUUGGCUUCUUUCUUUUUUGUUUCUUUCUCUGUUUUUGCUCUCAGUUUUUCAGUUUUUUUUAAUUCAUUUUUGCUGCCAGUCAUUUUUCUUUCUUCUAUGAUUCUUUCUUUUAAAUUAAUUUUUUCUUUUAGAAAUUUUUCUUUCUUCUUUUUAGCUUCUUUCCAACUUUCAUUCUUUCAUUUUAUGUCAUCUUUGCUUUCAGAUUUUUUCUUUCUUUUUAAUAUAUUUUUACUUUCAGGCUUUGUAUUUCCGUUCUUUUUACUUACUUUCACUUUCUUUUUAAUUUUUCUUUCUCUUUUUCAUUACUUUCUUUUGUUUCUUUCUUGCGUCUUUCUUGCUUUCUUUUUAAGAUAUUUUUGCUUUCAAUAUUAUUUCUUUUUCUGUUCUUUGUCUUACUUUCACUUUCACUUUCUACUUUCUUCUUUCUUUCUUUCUUUUUCAAGUAUUGCUUUCUUUUUCUUUUUCUUCAUUACUUGCCUCUUUCUUUUUUAA